CCUCAAGGCCAGGAAGGAGCUUCAUCCUCAUCUUCGCGUUUUUUUCCCAGUCAUCGUGACACUCGCAUAGCACAUUCAACAUGGCAGCCUUAGCGAUAAAGUUCUCUAGCGUUCUGGCAAGGAAUUCAGCCAAAUCUAAGCUAUUGUCUCGAUUUUUAGUACCGAAAGUCGAGAGAUGUCUGAGGUCCUUCGCCACUUCGCUGCCGAUCUACAAGAAGGAAAUGCUGGAGAUCACAUAUGAAACAACCGAUGGAAAGAAAUUCACCGUCCAGGGGAAGGAAGGCGACAACCUCCUUGACAUUGUGAUCAAUAAUGACGUUGAUCUUGACGGUUUUGGUGCGUGCGAGGGAACCUUGGCUUGCUCAACGUGCCAUCUCAUAUUCAAGAAGGAGGACUUUGACAGAAUAGAAGAGCCCUCCACAGACGAGGAGCUGGACAUGCUUGACCUUGCCUAUGGCCUGACGGACACGGAAGUAUGCGUGGCCCUGUCUGGAUCUGGCUUCCUGGCAUUAUAUGAGGUUGGUGCCUUGGAGUGCCUACAGAAGCAAUGGCCUCGCUUGCUGCAGACAGCAAAGGUUUCUGGAGCAUCAGCUGGCUCCCUUUUGGCAGCUUGUGUAGUGUGUGAUGUCCCUCUUAGCUUUGUGAAGGCCAAUUUCUUGGAGACGGCCAAGGAAGCCCAGAGGUGGAAACUGGGUCCCUUCAGUCCUAAGUUCAAGGUCUCUGAUUAUCUCAACCAGGGAUUUGAAGCCCUUCCCCCUGACGCCCACCUGCGGGCCAACAACAGACUCUUUGUCUCACUCACAAGAAUUAAAGAUGGCCAGAAUGUCAUCAUCUCAAACUGGACUUCACGAGAGGACUUGAUCCAGUGCCUCCUCUGCUCUUGUUUUAUCCCUGUCUUCUCUGGCUAUCGUUUCCCUUCAUUUCGCGGAGAGAGGUACAUGGAUGGUGGCUUCACUAACAACCUCCCCAUACCAGGCCAGCCAUGCAUAUCCAUCGGCCCAUUUGAGGGGAAGAUUGACAUCUGCCCCAGGAGCAAGGUGCAAAACUCCCCAUACCUGACCAUUGCUAAUGAGACAGUGGCCAUAAACCCCACUAACAUCCUGAGGUUUGUACAGUCCCUAAAGCCUCCCGCCGUCGAGAUCUUAGAAGAAGUCUAUCAGGAAGGCUACUGGGAUGCUUACUCCUUUCUAAAAGCAAAAACAAGUCAGAAGACAGGCCCUUUGUCUGCAUGAACUUAAAUGCUCGUGUUCAGUGUGAAAGAGAUGAAUGUUUAUAUUUCAUGCCUGAGGGCAGUAAGGGAAUGGGUGUUGGUGUCCACUUUGUAUUUUAAUUUGUAUGGACCGUUUGAUUUAUAACCUCGACAGUCUUCUAAGGAUUGAUUUUUAAGUAUUUUACUUAUUUACUAUAAAAUAUAAGCAUUAUAUUGUAUUAUCUAUGUUAAGGAAAUUUUAUUAUUAAGAUCUGAAAAUAACUAAGACUUUAUAGUAUUGUUAUACACACCUGUGCACAUUGCAUUCAAAAGAAACACACACGCACACGCACACGCACACCCACACCCACACCCACACCCACACCCACACCCACACCCACACCCACACCCACACCCACACACACACCCACACACACACACACACACACACACACACACACACACACACACACACACACACACACACACACACACACACACACACAAAUAUACAACUGUACUUUACUUUGUAAGAAUUCCCUUGGUAAUGUGCCAUUUUUAGAAUGAUAUGAAAUUAUGUUAUUGUUGAUAUUUAUACUGUUUUUGAGAUGAAAUAUACUUUUAAGGUCAAAAUUAGCUUUCAUAUCCAGCUGUAUUAAAAAAAAUGCAGUACUUGCAAGUUAUUGUUGUUUAUGAAUAUCUCUAUAAUGAUCUUUCAUUUACAUUUUCUGACCACCUUUUAUUUGUUUAUAUAAAAAAAUACAGUUCUCUUUCAUGUUUUUCUUUAUAUUCAUUACUGAUUACAUUCAUUAUAGUAUUUAUUAGAGUAGAUUAUUUUCUAUGGUAUUUUGAAGUGAAGUUAAUGUUGAGUUAUAUUUUUUUUUGGUGAAAUUAAAAAUGCUUUAGAUAUAUAGUUUAAGUGGAAUGGGAAAAUGUGCACAUAAUGGCUGACUUUCUAUGCACAAACGCUAGUUGGCAAAUACUAAUAUACUGAUUGAACUUAGAGAGAGGAGACUAACUAAUGACUAAAACUUUAACAAUAAGGAAGACCGUCCAAAGUGAAAUGAUUUAAAAUAUUAACCUCUUUAUUAUUCUGUUAUUGUUAUUAUUUUACUAUUAUUGUUCUUUUUAAAAGUCAGUUCUACUAGUAUUAUUUUUUCAAGAUUCUUUCUUUCAUUUUUCUCAGUAAUGAAAGAGAGAGGGAAUGAGAAAGUGUUGUGGUGAUUAUUAUUAUGACUGUU